UGAACAGUACUCUAUCUUAUUCUAUAAUAAGGAAAAUCUUAUUAGUUCCUUGUGCUACUGUAUGAUUUCCUCUUACCAGAUCUCUUUCCUAUUUAGCAACUAAUGCACCAGAGGAGAAAUUUCACAGAGCAACAAAGAGACCAGAUUCGUAGAGAGUCUCAGAAGUAUAUCUAUAUAUAGAUACCUUCCCCAUGAUUUCUCUCAGCAGAAAGCUUUAGAAUAUGGGAAAGGCAAGAAAAUGGCUUAGAAACUUCUUUGCAGGGAAGAAGGCGAAGGAGAAGGGUGGAGACUCAACUCCUAACUGGCCUACAGAAAACAGAUUUUCUCCAGUGCCCGAUACAGCAACAAAGGAGAAGAGAUGGAGCUUCAGGAGAUCUAUGGGAGCUUCAAAGGACUUGAAUUCCACAGAGGCAAGUUUUAGUGAACCUUGCCAUGGAUUAUCAGACUCUGAGUUUGAUCAGAAGAGGCAUGCCAUGGCUGUAGCAGUGGCCACUGCAGCUGCUGCAGAAGCUGCUGUGGUAGCAGCACAGGCUGCCGCAGCUGUAGUUCGGCUCACCAGUAAAGCAAAUGAUAGAACAACGAGAGCCAUUGAGGAGAAAUCUGCCAUCAAAAUCCAGUCUUUCUUCAGAUCUUAUCUGGCAAGAAAAGCUCUAAAUGCACUGAAAGGAUUAGUAAAAAUGCAAGCUUUGGUGAGGGGACACCUGGUUAGAAAACAAGCCACUGCAACCCUCAGAUGCAUGCAAGCACUCGUUAACGCUCAAGACAGAGCUCGAGCUGAAAGAAUCCGUAUGGUUCAAGAGUCACAAUCUACACCACUAAGGCAGCAGAACUACAGAAGAUCACCACACCAUCCUUUUGAGAUGGAUUGUAAUGAGGAAGAAUAUGUCAAAAUUGUAGAGAUGGAUCUUGGUGGAAGAAGCUAUUCGUUGGGAGAAACUGAAAUAACUGAUCAGAGGUUCUCUGCAAACAACUCUUCUUCUCGCACACCUUGCAAGGCUGAUCUUUCCCCACAGUUCUCACCUAAUCCAUCAGCUUUAACUGAGUUCAAUCCAAGGGACUUCGAAGAGUUUUCAUUUCCCACAGCUCAAAAUAGUCCACAACUAUCUGCCAUGUCCAUGCCUGCACAUACUUCUUUUGACUAUCCUCUGUAUCCCAAUUACAUGGCUAACACAGAGUCUUCCAGAGCGAAGCUGAGGUCCCAAAGUGCACCAAAGCAGAGACUUGAAGCAUAUGAGAGGCAGUCAAGUAAGAGAAGACAGACUAUAGAGGGAAGAAAUGUUCCAAGGGGGAUUAGGAUGCAGAGAUCUUCUUCUCAUAUUGGUUUGUUAGCAAAUAGUUAUGAAUAUCCAUGGUCCAUCAGGCUUGAUAAGUCAAAUGCGUCACUCAUAGAGAGUGAAUGUGGUUCAACAACUACUGUAAUGGCGAAUAAGAACUACUGCAGAACUCUUGCAGAGCAUGAGAUCCAUGGAAUUGACUACUGACUGGUUCAUUCAUCCCCUCUCAUCGUCUGACAAGUGUGAUAGAUGUGAUUGUAUAAAAGAAGGAAAAAAUGGCUUCUCAUCUGCAGAAUAUGUUUCAGGAACUUGCAAGUUUAAGUUGUUUUGGAAAACAUUCAAGUGGAGAUUUUGAUAAUGGUGUCAGGAUGUACUAACUUAUGUAUCUACAUAAACCAUGAACUGAAAAAGCAAUCAGGGAAAAAAAUCUUUAUUUUAGAAGAUGUUAUUGUACUCUGAUUGAUUGUCCUUCUGAUAGAAGAUACAUAAGAACUACAUUGUUAGUCCA